AGGAUAUACCUACGGGAAGGAUAGAUCGGGCAUCUAUCGCAGCAACAGAAGUGUGUGAUGGCGGUGGCGUAAUACCCAGCAAUAAAAAGUGAUCCAGAAGAAAUUGUACAAAAAGCGAUUUUAUUUCCUCGCCAAUUGGUUCAGCAGGUGUUGAAACGUAUAGGACUGAACCAACCACGGUAGAUUGAGUGCGAAAUCAGCGUUGAAAAGUAGCGAAGUAGUGGCCAAUAGAGCAGAUACGAAAUUGUACAUGUGUGUUGUGAUAUAAGAAGAGUUCCUUGAACUGGUCCCUCGAGUGAUUGCGAAGAGUACCGGAUUGAAAUUUUAGCAAUUCAGAACGAAUAACGAAGGUUCCUCGUAGUCAAUUGAUUCAGAAUAACAAGUAGCCUUUGCAAUGCGUUAUCAGUGCCGUUUCUGUCCCAGUGCUCUGCCGCCGUCCUGCUGAAGUUCCAGACCAGUGACCUGCAAAAUCGACGAGUGUGGUGUGAGAGAGAAAAAUGUCUAAUCAUGGCAACGGCAAGGACAGUUGCAACAAAGAGGCACACGGAGCACCGCCAAUUACAGCCCCAUCAGCAGCAGCGGCAGCAAAUGGUAUCCACAUGCAGGAGCACUCGUGCGAGAUAUGUGGCAUGUCCGGUCUGUCUGAUGAUGCCAUGCGGGAUCACACCCGACAAUGCCAUGUAGAGGGAAGCGCUCAGUGUCCGUUCUGUGGACUGAGUGGGGUACCGGCGGCUGAGUUGCUGCUGCACGUGAAUCAAGCUCACCUGGAUUAUUUGACACCGGAGAAUGAGCUAAUGAGCUUUAUUGACGAUCAGACGCCUAGUAUUGAUGGUGAUUCUGAUUCCAUCUCGGAUUGCCGCGGUUUGUCGCCCUCAAUUACAUCCGAGCUUCUCACCCCGGUUUCGAAUGCCAACAGUAAACCAAGCAUAGGCAAUGGAUCUUCGGUGACUAACUCCUGCGGGCAGCAGCAGCUCCUCAAUGGUACCAAUAGUCAUAACAAAAUCUGUUCUUCGAUGAGCACCUCGGCGACGAGCACCAGUAGCAAAUCCAGUAUCGGUAGUCAGCAGAACGGUAUCAGUAACGGUAGUAUGAGUGCCAGUAGCAGUAGCAAUAACCAAAUGUCAGGUUCUAGCAGUAAGGUCAAUCAACAGCAUCUGUUGAACAACCAGCAGCAUCCUGAAGUGACGAUAACUAGUACAAGCAACAAAAGCUGUGAUAUGCUAAACGAUGGGAAGGAAGUGGUGAUGAAUGGCGGUGGAGCAGGUUGUACUAGUGGUGUUGUGUCUGGCGCCGGUGGUACUGCAACUGUGAACGGUACUGGCGCAGGCGGCCAGGGCUCUCCACUUCGAUCACAACUAGGUCUCAAGCUCAAAUCACAUAAACCAGUCGCAACUACCACUACGAAGCCCAGUCCGUUGCAGUGUCUGUUAUGUCCCUACACGACCGAAAACCCAUCCGUUUUAGAAGAGCAUAUAAAUCGAUCGCACUUUGACCCGUUGAGUCCUAGCGUAAAUCUUGGUGCUAGCGGAAAUACCCACGCAGAUACUUUAAGCGCGUUACAGUGCCCUAUUUGUGCGCGAACCUUCGAAUCCGGCUCGGAUCUAGAGUUACACGUGAACAUUGAGCAUCGUGAUAUACUAAGUCCUGCGAAGGCAGAUCGACAAAAUGGAGGCACGCCGGCUGCUGCGGCUGUCAAUGGAAGCCUCACCGGCAGCCUAUGUCCGGUCUGUGGAAUUUCGUUCGACCACAUGAAAACAGCAGACAUGGAGAUUCACAUCGAGAAACAUUUCAGCAAAAGUCCACAGAAUCCAAGUUCAAAGGAACCGGAUUUGGAGAAACAAGCUCAAAAGCUACGCGAGCAGCGAGAAUUCGAGAUGCUACGAGCGCAGUACGGUAUGGACGAUCAGGGAAACUUUCGAGAGCAAUCAGCAGCUGCCAUGCAGAGGGCGGUAUAUGCAGGUGAGAUGAGCGUCGCUGAUUAUUACGAGCGGCAGGUUGGAUUGCGAGCGGCGGAAUCCCACGGCGUUGACGAUGGAUCGUCUUGCACGAAAUCGGUUUCACCUCGUGUGCUGGCGUUGUCUUCGUCCUCGCCGAACGUUCUGAAGACGUACGUUUGCUCCAGUGUCGAUCACUACGCGUCAAGUUACGGAGAUAAAGGAUGGGGUUGUGGCUAUCGGAAUCUGCAAAUGAUGCUAUCGUCGCUGCUCCAGAACACCGCUUACAACGAAGCACUGUAUUCGGCAUGGGGAUCACAUGGCCCAGCCCGUACGGCAAUGCCCAGUAUCUCUCGUCUGCAACGCAUGGUUGAAGCUGCCUGGGCCCAAGGGUUUGACGUACAAGGCUCGGAACAGUUAGGCUGCAAGCUGUACAACACUCGGAAAUGGAUUGGUGCUACGGAAAUUGUCACAGUCAUGUCGUGGCUCCGAAUUCGAUGCGAAUUGGUGGACUUUCAUAGGCCCACCUCUUCUGAUGGGCGCCAUCCUGAAUUGUUCAACUGGGUACUGCGCUACUUUGAAGAACCAAGAAUCCACACUCCGCCCUUGUACCUGCAGCACCAAGGUCACUCGAGAACGAUUAUUGGAAUUGAGCAACGUACCUCUGGGCUUUCGCUACUGGUAUUAGAUCCCAGCCACGGUCCCCGUCAAGUAGCGGCGCUGGGGUCGUCACAAGAUUCACUUCGACUGAUUCGGAAAAACUCGGCAGCCAUGAGAGCUCCCCAGUACCAAGUCGUGGCGGUGAAAGGACUAAUCGAAACGGAAGAACAAUACCAGGCGAGUAAAGUUUUGCGGUCCCAUAGAAUUCCGCCAGACCGUUGACGUGCUGUAGACGUUUACCUGAUCUAUGUUCGAGUUGCGCUAAUUUAAGAACUUACCAAUUCUUUUUAUCUAGUCUAGAACAAACGAACAAACUUAGCUAACCUUAGAUUGACGAUAGGAAGAGAAUAUCUUAUAGUUUAGAACAACCAAGAGUGAAAUACUUUACCAUAAAAGAGAAAAUAACUAUAACCCAAAAGCAAGCAAACAACUAUCACCAACACCCAGUAACGUAACACUCACACGGAGACACGUAACUCAAUUAGACUAAUUCUAAACCAAUACUGCAAUAAACUCUCAUUCACUUUGUAGGUAUUACCUAGUUCACAAACAGCUGUUAUCGAAUAUCAAUAUCGCUUCUUGGAUAUGUUAUGUUGUGUUAUGUUAAUAGAUAUUGGCUUCUGAUACUUUGUUACCUUCAGGUUUUGUUAUUAAAUAGUUGGCAAGUGCUUGCUGCACUGCAGUAAAACGUUAUUAACUAACUGAGCAUAGAAUUAAUCUUCAAUAACAUUUUUUCACAUUAGAAAAAAAAAUCUCUCGCAGAGGUAUUAUAUUUGAUUAUUACCAAAUUUACUUCUAGAUGUGGUAGCCCUCUUCGUGACUAAACUUCUAGUUUUUGAUACACUCAAAUUAGCGUACGUUAACGUUGAUCUUGUUUUUAAUGAUACCGUCAUCAAAGGAGUACCAAAAUGAUUAUGUUGAUUCAAGGCGUUAUUUAUAAAUGUACACAAUAAUUUUGCCCAUCUGUUUUGUUCUUCUUUUUAGUUAGAUUGAAAAUUAUUUUAUUCGGAGGUUAUAUUUCAAA